UCUAUUCCAGAAGUACACAAGAUAUCUCAAAACUAGGUAGAGACUGUAGUUCUGAAACUUUUUGGUACUCAAAACUUAUUGCAAAGUAUGUAGGAAAAAAUUAGUGGUACACAAAAUGGGAUACUUAAAAAGUGUAUAUAAAAGAUGUAACAUUGACGUUAAUAAUCUAGAAAAGCUAAUGUAUUAGCCCAAGGGGCAUACCAUUUUUGCUUUCAAAAGUAUACAAGAUAUGAAUCUUUGCAAUUAAUGGUAAUAGUUUAAAGUAAGGAGGAUUAUUCAUUCAUCGAUCAAAAUUAGAAGAGUCAUAACAUAUAAUGGAGUCGCAAAAGGCAACAUCCUCUGCAGUAUUAGAACAUGGAUAGAGCAUUCACACCACCAUUGGUUUCGAAGAACUUGAGUACAUCCUUGCAAUAGCCAAUAUGGGAGAAAUUUAUGCAAUAUUUAAUCCUUAAAUGCGGAUUUAAAAUAAAAUUGUUCCUACUUCCUAUUUCUUCCUGGCAACGAUGCUGAACAAAACUAGAUAAUGAAAUGUGCAAAGGCAUGAUUAUGAUUCUAGGAGGCUUGCCAAGAUGUAAUCAAAUGAUUCAAGGCUGUAACAAGACAAAAUUGAAAAGUAACUAAAUCUUGAGAUGAAAGGAGUGGAAUUGUGCAAAUUGGGUAACAUAUGUUGAUUGAAAAUUAACCAAAGCCUAAUUACAAACAACAACUUUUAUGACCCAAAAAAAUCAUAAGAGAUGUUCAUAUUCAGGGUAAAAGAAAAAGGAAAAGUAAUGCUGCAAGAAUGUAAUCAAUUAAGCAUUCCUCAGCCAAAUUUGAACUUGCACGCACCCUUGCUUGGCUAUUCCUGCUUAAAAGCCAGCAGACUGUUUCAUUUUGGGGCUUCUAUAACUAGUUUCUGAAAUGUCAGCAGAAUCUAUUGAAUUUGAACAUACUGAUGUCGUAGACUUUGCAGUAAAGCAAGGAAAUGGGGUCAAUGGCCUAUCAAAAUUAGGCCUAAAAUCCAUCCCUCAUAGAUACAUAUUACCCCCAGAAGAAAGACUUAACCAGAACCAGAUAGUUCUUGAAGAUUCAAUACCAAUCAUUGAUGUAUCCAACUGGGGUGAUCCAGAAGUUGCAGCGUCAAUCUGUGAGGCUGCAGCCAAGUGGGGUUUCUUUCAAAUCAUCAACCACGGCAUCCCACUUGAGGUUCUUGAAGAUGUACUGGAAGCUGGGCACAAGUUCUUUGAGUUACCAAAUGAGGAAAGGAGGAAGUAUUUGAAGGAAAAUUCCCCUACUCCCACUGUGCAGUUGAAGACUGGCUUUAGUCCUUUAGCAGGAAAGGUUUUCGAGUGGAAAGAUUAUCUUGUGCACCAUUAUGUUCCUGAUAAUGUGAGUUCAGACUUGUGGCCUUCUGUGUCCAAAGAUCAAGUGCUGGAAUACAUGAAGUGGGCUAAACCUGUCAUCAAAAAGCUAGUUGAGGUGCUACUACAGGGACUUAAUGUGAAGGAAUUUGGUGGAUCACAAGAAUCUCAACUCAUAGAUCGUACAACUAUCAGCCUCAUUCACUAUCCCAUGUGUCCAAGCCCUGAGCUCGCUUGUGGAGCGCGUCAACAUUCUGAUAUCUCUAGUAUCACUAUCCUCCUCCAAGAUGAUGUAGGUGGCCUCUAUGUGAAAGGAACAACAGCUGAUCAAUGGAUCCAUGUAUCACCAGUCAAAGGGGCACUUGCAGUUAACAUAGGCGACAUACUACAAAUUGCGAGCAAUGAUCGGUAUAAGAGCAUUGAGCAUCAGGUGAUUGUUAACGGAAGGAGAAACAGGGUUUCAGUGCCUAUAUUCGUAAGCCCUGCUGCUGAUACAGUUGUUGGUCCAUUUCCACAAUCCCUGGAGAAUGGAAAGAAACCAAUUUAUAAGCAUGUCAUCUACUCGGAUUACCUCAACUACUUCUUGAGUAAAAGGGAUGACAGAAAGCAGACAAUUGAAUUUGCUAAAAUAUGAUGUUUAUCCAACAAAAUUAAGGUAGUCUCAACUGAACCAGCAGAAAUGGAUUUUAGUGUUAAAAAGCAAGGAUCCUCCCCUUCUCCUUUGUGUCUUUUUGUUAAAAUACAUUUCAGAUAUCAAUGCAAUCGACCAACUUGAUGCCGUAUUUAUUUUUGUUUAUCCGAGCAUCUGUUAUCUGUAAAACCUUAAAAUUGGCUCUUCUUGCCAAAUUUGUGUUCAAGAACUAAUGUUUUUGUACC